AUGGCGAACACGGUUGCAGUGAUCGGCGCAGGACCAGUGGGAUGCCUCACUGCGAUUCAGCUAUCGCGCCGAGGACUUCAAGUUCACCUGUACGAAAGCUGCGCGGAAGAAUCUUUUUUUGAUGGCAGUACUGCGCAGCGCAGUAUUAAUCUGGCACUGUCAGUGCGAGGCAUUUCUGCCCUGCGUUCCAUUCCGCCAAAUGAGGAGCAGAUGCAAAGCGGCAUUUCGCUCGCCGACAAGGUGCUUUCUGAGGUCGUACCUAUGUCCGCGCGCAUGAUUCACACCCUGGGAAAAGACGGGUCUGUGCAGCUUGACAGGCAGCCGUACGGCACCCAAGGGGAGGGUAUCAACUCGCUGGAUCGCAUGCGGCUAAACCGACUCUUGCUCGAGCAGGCGCUUGCGGAAGAAAAUGUGCACAGCUUUUUUGAGCAUGCGCUAAUCAACGUGCAGCGCCGUCGCCACAAUGACACUGUCCUGCUUACUUUUGAUGUCGCAGGGAAAGGCAUCGUCGAGACCGCGCAUGUGAUGCUAUUUGGCUGUGAUGGCAUCAACUCGAUGGUGCGCUGCAAAACGACUUCUUCCUUGCGCAUGAAUAUUUCUCAAUCCUACAUCGAUACCGGCUACGUGGAGCUACGUAUCCCUGCAGGGCGUCCACGGGGCGGCGCGUGCAGCUGGAAGAUGGAUCCCAACUGUCUUCAUAUCUGGCCCAAACAUCAUUACAUGCUCAUUGCGUUGCCCAAUACGGACGGCUCCUUUACUGUGACGCUUUUUGCGCCAUUUCCGCUCUUGGAGGCGUGCAGAGAACAUGAAGAAGAAGUCCUCACCUUUUUUAGCACAAACUUUCCCGAUGCGCUCCGCGCCAUGAACGAAAAAGAGCUAGUCCACCAGAUGCUUACGAUUCGUGCCAGUCCGCUUGGCACAAUUCAAUGUGAUCCUUUGGCUGGCGGCUCGUCCAUCGUGCUGCUUGGCGAUGCUGCGCAUGCCAUGGUCCCAUUUUAUGGACAAGGGCUUAACUGCGGACUGGAAGAUGUGCGCGUGUUUAUGGAAGAGUACGACUCGGCCAUGCACGGUGACAAUGCGAUCAGCUUGCUGCAGAAUGUGAAAGGAUCUUUCAUCUAUAGCUACGCGAUGCGUCGCCGCGCGGAUGUGGAUGCAAUUCAGCGUCUUGCACAAGAAAAUUACACGGUGAUGCGUAGCAAAGUUUUGAGCCCGUUUUUUCUUUUGCGCAAGCGACUCGACUUUCUGCUGGCCACACUCCUUUCUGCAGACAGGUGGCAGAAUUUGUAA